UUCAUACUAGAAGUACUACAGUAAUCGAAAAUGUCUGGACGUGGUAAAGGAGGUAAAGCUAAAGGAAAGGCCAAGAGCCGAUCAAGCCGUGCUGGACUUCAGUUCCCAGUCGGUCGUGUUCACCGAUUCUUACGAAAGGGUAACUAUGCAUCCCGUGUCGGAGCCGGUGCCCCAGUCUACAUGGCUGCCGUACUCGAGUACCUCACUGCUGAAAUCUUGGAGUUGGCUGGUAACGCUGCCCGUGACAACAAGAAGAGCAGAAUCAUCCCCCGUCACCUUCAACUUGCCAUCCGUAACGAUGAAGAGUUAAACCGUCUUCUCGGAAGUGUUACCAUCGCUCAAGGUGGUGUACUACCAAAUAUCCAGGCUGUACUUCUGCCAAAGAAGACCCAGGCCAAAACCAAGUAGAUUUCAACAACCAGCUUCUCAAACCAAACGGCUCUUUUCAGAGCCACCAAAUAAACAAAAGAGAUUUGAGUUUCAUCUUGCUUGUAAUAAAACUUGUAUUGAUUGUUUUUUUCUUCAAUAUAUUUUACCAUGUGGCCAGAUGCUCUGCGGUCAAGUUGUGGACUUCGCUUGAUGUUUCACUAAAACGUGAAACUAACACUGGUAUUUUAAAAUUUGAAGUUAAGAGGCUCUAAGUCCAGAAACAGAUCCACUUUUUUAUAAGAAUUUUGUAUUUUAAGAUGG